AUGCUGGAUCUCCCUUCAGCUCAUCGACUUCGACAAUAUCUCAAAACAUACACAUCAGAACCUCAUUUGGCUGGUACAGAAGCGGAUCGACGACAAGCAGAAUGGACUCGUACAAAAUUCACCGAGUUUGGCAUACCUAAUGCUGAGAUCAAGACCUAUUAUCCCUUGCUGAAUUAUCCCAUCUCUCAUCGUCUUUCCAUCGUAUCAGGACCUGAACACCUUCGUUACAACGCCAGUUUAAAAGAAGACCGUGUGCAUGAAGAUCCAUCUACCGAUGAUCCUGAUAUUGUUCCCGCAUUUCAUGGAUACUCUAAAAAUGGAACGGCCACGGGUCCUGUGAUUUAUGCAAAUUAUGGUCGCCUAGAAGAUUUUCAAUACCUUGUCGAUCGAGGUGUCCAAGUCAAUGGCACUAUUGCUCUUGUUCGUUACGGUACUUCUUUACGUGGUUUGAAAAUAAAGGCUGCUGCUCAAUAUGGUUGUGUUGGUGUCCUGAUCUUUUCAGACCCAAUUGAUGAUGGUCCAUUGGAUAAAGACAGUGAUAUAAAUCCUCCAUAUUCUUAUCCAAAGGGGCCUUGGAGAGCUCCCUCUUCUGUUCAACGUGGUGCAGUCUCCUACCUGUCACUUUUAGCAGGAGAUCCAUUAACACCUGGUUACGCUGCUACUGAAAAUGCCACACGUAUUCCUAUGGAAGAAUCCGUAAUUUUGCCUACCAUCCCUUCUUUACCCUUAUCAUGGCGUGAUGCCUUACCCUUCUUGAAGGCAACGGAGGGGCAUGGCGUGAUUGGUGAAUUUGAUUGGACCGGCGGAUUGGAUCAAGUAAGUUAUUUUAGUGGACCAACCGAAGGCAUGGUGGAAAUGGAGAAUAUUGUAGAGUAUAAGGUCGCACCUGUUUGGAAUGUCAUGGCUAAAAUUGAAGGAUCUGUGGAACCUCAUCGUGCCAUUAUUUUGGGAAAUCAUCGAGAUGCUUGGGUCUUUGGUGCAGUGGACCCUUCAUCCGGCUCUGCUACCUUGCUGGAAAUUGCACGUGUGCUGGGUCAAAUGUUACAAACAGGUUGGAGACCCAAACGUACCAUUAUUUUAGCUUCUUGGGAUGCAGAAGAGUAUGGCUUGAUUGGAUCCACAGAAUGGGUAGAAGAUAACAAAGAUUGGCUUAGUAAAGAAGGCACAGUCUAUAUUAACUGUGAUUCAGGUAUUUCAGGCCCUCAUUUUUCUGCUGGUGCAUCACCUUCUUUAAACCAGUUAUUGUAUGAAGUUACCAGUAUUGUACCAGAUCCUUUAACAGGUACUACCGUGUAUCAUGCAUGGGGUGAGCGUCAUAAUGCAACAGCUGUACCAUCCAUUCAUCCACAAGUCGACGUAUUGGGAUCUGGAUCUGAUUUUACGGCGUUUAUGGAUCAUUUGGGAAUCGCAAGUAUUGAUAUUUCCUUUAGUGGAGAUUACGGUGUAUAUCACAGUGUCUAUGACAGUUUCCACUGGAUGGAAAAGUAUGGAGAUCCAACCUUUGAAUACCAUCAAACCAUGGUACGUGUGUGGGGAUUGUUAGCACUUCGAUUAGCUGAUGAUUUAAUUCUGCCUAUCCAUCCAAUGGAUUACGCUACCGAGUUGCAAAAAUAUGUGCAUCAAUUAUACAUUCAUGCAGCCCCUCAUACUUUCCCCACCUUGAAGAAAUCGAUCCAUGCACUGGUGAAAUCUGCCACUGCAUUUGAGGUCAGUUUAACCCAGAUCAAUAAGAAAUUAAGACAUUUCCAAGGUGAACAACAAAUGUCAGCGAAAUGGGCUAAACGUGUAGAGAAAAUGAAUGCACGAUUGAUGGGAUUCGAAAGAGGAUUUUUGGACGAAGAAGGAAUCACGGGUCGUACGUGGUUCAAACAUGUGGUGUAUGCACCGGGACUCUGGACUGGCUAUUCUGGACAGGUCUUUCCAGCCAUUUCUGAAGCCUAUGAUGCAAAAGAUAUGCCAUUGGCACGUUAUGCUGAAACUAAGGCAGCUAAAUGUAUGAAGCAAGCUCAGGACGCGCUCAAUUAA